AUGAAGACUACACUAAAAAAACUUGUUCAUUUCCCAGAGCAAUUCACACCUGAAGAUGCUGAAUCAGCAGUGAAUGAUAUUAUGAAAGGCUCAGCUACACCAAGCCAAAUUUCAGCAUUCUUGGUUUCCUUAAAGUUACAGCAUAAAGAUAAAGAUCCAAGAAUCGUGGCUGCAUGUGCAAACGCGAUGCGUAGUCAUGCUCGAGUGGUGCCUUAUGAUGGACAUGAAGAUCUAGCUGGGAGCGUUGUAGAUAUCGUAGGUACAGGCGGAGAUGGUCAUAACACAUACAACGUGUCAACUACUGCUUCAAUUGUUGCAGCUGGUGCUGGUGCAAAAGUAGCCAAACAUGGUAAUCGUGCUGCAUCUUCCAAAUCAGGAUCUGCUGAUCUCAUGGAGGCCCUUGACUGUCAGAUUGCACAUGUCCAGCCAGAUCAAGUUGCAGGCAUUAUUGAUCGAACCAAUUUUUGUUUCCUAUUUUCACAAACUUAUCAUCCAGCAAUGAAGCAUGUGGCCACAUUACGAAAGGAGAUUGCAGUACCCACAGUCUUCAACAUGUUAGGGCCUAUGAGUAACCCGGCAAAGCCUGCUCGGGUAGUCGUAGGCGUACAUUCUCCUGAAAUAGGUGAACUCAUGGCAAACGCAUUAAAGUUGACAGGUGUAAAGGAGGCGCUGGUUGUUUGCGGGGCUGAAAGAUUGGAUGAGAUUAGUACAGAAGGCGAGACUAAUUAUUGGAGAAUUCAUGAAGGUGGUGAGAUUAUUACAGGCACUUUACAUCCAACAAGGGACUUUGGUCUAAAGACACAUCCACUAUCAGAAGUCAAAGGGGGUGACUGCUAUGAAAAUGCAGAAAUUUUGAAGGAUUUACUGGAUGGAAAACUACAAGAGGAUCAUCCAAUUCUAGACUUUGUCUUGCUAAAUGCAGCCGCAUUACUUGUCGUCUCUGGGAUUUCAUCUGACUUUAAGGAUGGCGUCCAAAAGGCCCGAGCAUCGAUUCAAAAUGGUCAAGCAAAGCAAGUGCUGGAAAUCUUUAGAGAAGAAACUCUAAAAUGUGCUUAA